ACGAUGAGGAGGAGGAGGAGGAUGACUUUUCUUUAAUGAUAUUUUAUUUAGUCCCGGGCAAUUGAAAGCAAGAGGAAGUAGAAGAAGAAGAAGAAGAAGAAGAAGAGGGGAAUCAAUAAAUAUUAGAGAGUUGCUCAACAAUUAACGCAAUCAAUUUCAGCCGUUGAUUUUCCAGAUCGCCUGAGAAUGGACAAGUGAUACCAUUCACUCCUACACCCCCCCCCCCCCCCCCCCCCACCAGUGACUGAUUCUCCUCUCUGUAUUGCUUGCUGAAGCUUUCCUCCUCUGAUCCAUUUCUCUUGCCCUUCAAUGGCGGCUCCCAGGAACCUCACCGGCGAUGGCGCUGUUCGGUUAUUGAGAGACGAAGAGAAUGCAAAGGCUGAAGAAGACGACGAUUCUCCCUCCGGAAAGAAGCCCAAAUCCGAUAGGUUUCCGCUCUCUCGAUGGGAGUUCGCCGCUGCCAUCGGUGUCUUCAUGGUUUUCUCCGCUGGUCUUUUCUGCAUCUACUUGACGAUGCCCCCUGCUGAGUAUGGAAAACUCAAGCUUCCAAGGACCAUCUCGGAUCUUCGCAUGCUUAAAGAUAAUCUCGCAACGUAUUCAAAAGAAUUUCCAGCGCAAUUCAUUCUGGGUUACUGCUCCACGUACAUCUUUAUGCAGACUUUUAUGAUUCCUGGAACAAUUUUUAUGUCCUUGCUAGCCGGAGCUCUUUUUGGUGUUAUCAAAGGUCUUUUCUUAGUUGUCUUUAAUGCUACUGCUGGAGCUUGCUCGUGCUUCUUCUUGUCUAAGUUGAUCGGCAGGCCAUUAGUUAGUUGGUUGUGGCCAGAAAAGUUGAGAUUUUUCCAGGCAGAGAUUGCGAAGCGCAGGGAAAAGCUGCUUAAUUACAUGCUUUUCUUGAGGGUAACUCCAACAUUGCCAAACCUUUUUAUCAACUUGGCAUCUCCAAUUGUUGACAUACCAUUUCAUAUUUUCUUUUUGGCAACUUUGAUUGGUCUUAUUCCAGCAGCAUAUAUCACAGUCAGGGCUGGCCUUGCUCUCGGGGAUCUGAAGUCAGUUAAAGAUCUAUAUGAUUUUAAAACAUUGUUCGUGCUUUUCCUCAUCGGUUCCCUCAUCAUAUUUCCUACCCUUUUGAAGAGGAAGCGAAUUUAUGAAUAAGAAAGAAGACAAUCUGUCAAAGGGGGCUUAUUAUGUGCCCCUACACACUAAAUUGUAAGCUCUAACAAUGAGUUAAUUAUAUAGAUUAGUUUUAUCCAAAAGAUUAUAUUGGAAAUGGUGGUGUACUAAUAUAGUCCUUAAUAUUCAUUCUUUUAAUAGAAAAUGGGUUCAUUUACAAAACUCAGUGAAGCAUAUUUAAGAAUUUUGUAAUGUUAUGCACCAUGUACACAAUAACAUUUCAUGGUUCUUUGUUGUAAUAGCAAAAAAGUUAUUGUUACCUACA